AUGGCAGAGAACACCGAGAUUGAUGACCGUGUGGAUCUUGAUGAUGAUAAUUACUCUGAAGAAGAUGAGGAUGUUGAAGAACCUAUGGAUGAUGAAGGACCUGGAGACGAAGGUGAAGAAAAUGAAGAAGAACCUCUGGAGGAAGCUAGAAGUGAGGAUGGUGUGGAGAAAGAAUCUCCACGCACAGAAGAAAAUGAUAUUCAGUCACCAGAUGUGGUAGAUGAAGAAAAGUCUGCACCUAUUAACGAAGAAGAGAAGGCAAAACAUGCUGAACUUCUCGAUCUUCCUCCCCAUGGUUCUGAAAUUUUCAUUGGAGGACUUUCUCGAGACGUUUCAGAGGAAGACUUGAAAGAACUUUGUGAACACUUCGGUGAAAUUUUCGAGAUUAGAGUCAUGAAAAACAGGGAUACCGGUGAAAGCAAGGGCUUUGCUUUUGUAGCCUUCAGAACAAAAGAUGUGGCACAAAAGGCAAUUGAAGAUUUACAUAACAAAGAAUUCAAGGGAAGAACAUUACGAUGUUCGUUGUCAGAAACUAAGUACAGAUUGUUCAUAGGUAACAUACCCAAGGUUUGGACUGAUGAGGAUUUCAGAAAAAUCAUUGAAGCAACUGGUCCUGGUGCAGAAGUAAUAGAGCUCAUAAAGGAUCCCCAGAACCCAACCCGUAAUCGUGGCUUUGCCUUUGUGGAAUACUACAACAAUGCUUGUGCUGAUUAUUCUCGACAGAAAAUGUCUUCCCCAAGCUUCAAGUUGGAUGGCAACACACCUACUGUUACUUGGGCCGAUCCAAAGAUUACUAGUGAUCACUCUGCUGCUGCUCAGGUCAAGGCUCUUUAUGUGAAGAAUAUACCAGAAAACACGUCAAUUGAACAGCUGAAGGAACUAUUCCAGCAGCAUGGGGAAGUCACAAAAGUUGUUAUGCCGCCGGCCAAAAGUGGUGGAAAGCGAGACUUUGGUUUUGUUCACUAUGCGGAAAGAUUGAGUGCACUGAAGGCCGUCAAGGAGACUGAAAAAUAUGAGAUAAAUGGCCAGCUGUUAGAAGUUGUCCUCGCAAAGCCGCAGACUGAGAAAAGGUUUGAUGCAGCUAGUCCACUAAAUCCUCAAAUGCCAAACUAUAUUCCUCAUCCAGGAUAUGCUGGUAUACCCGUAAGUCCUUUUGCGCCUAUGGCUGCUGGAUAUAGUGCAGCUGCUGGAUUUCAGCAGCCUAUGAUUUAUGGGAGGGGGCCAAUGCCAUCUGGAAUGCAAAUGGUGCCGAUGGUUUUACCCGAUGGUCGAAUUGGUUAUGUUCUUCAGCAGCCCGGGGUACAGAUGGCUCCACCUGUCAGACCUCGUAGGAAUGACAGAAGUAAUGGUGGUGGGGGCCCACAAGGACGUGGGGGCCCAAGCAGUAGCGGGGAUGAUAGUAGUAACCGUAAUAGACGCUACAGACCGUAUUAG